AUGUCCUUACCUCAACGUCCGGGGAAGGCGUCCCCGCGACGAGAAGAUACAUUCGACUCGUAUCGCGAAUCUUCCCGCAGGCGACAUCGUACCCACGACACGACCGGCCAUUAUGAUCACGACGACAGUUCCCCGUCGGGACAUCGCCACCACCGGCACCAUCGCUCACGCAGCUCGAGACGACGUAGCGACGCAGAUGUGGAGAGGGGAGAUCUGGGGGGAGAAUCGAGAAAUCGAAAGAGUUUUGUGAAACCGGAACGCACUCGAGUCGACCAGAGCCAUCCCCAUUAUCAUUAUCGCCAGAAAUCGCAGAAUAUGCCGACCUACCCUUCCCAGACCGGGGAUGAGCCCAUGAUGGGUCUCGAGCGGGAACUAGACACCAACAGCUCGCGGAGCUCGGAGUCCAAAGGGAAAACCGGCGUGUACGUCACUCAGGGAAAUGUCAAUCAGCCCAUGGAACGGGUUCCGAAGAAACGCCGGAUCAAGAAGAGGAGAUCAUCACGCAGAAUCAAGAAGCGGGCCGCUGCAGCAGAAAGGGAACGCCAGAAGGCACUGGAGCAGGUCCGUCCACCCAGUCCGUGGACCACCUAUUGCGCCGUGAUCACCUUCUGGGCCCCCGAUUUUAUCCUCAGGUGUUUUGGCAUGCCGCAGAAGGCUCAACGCAGCGCCUGGCGGGAGAAGAUUGGGCUGAUCAGUAUCAUUCUGCUGAUUGGUGCGUUCGUCGGCUUCCUGACGUUCGGCUUCACGGCCACCGUUUGCGGCACUCCUCCCACUCGGCUGAGGGUCAAUGAAGUCAGUGGCAGCUACAUGAUCUUCCACGGGCAAGCCUACGACCUGUCGCACUCGACACACCCAGCCGCCGCGGGCAUUCCCGCGGGGACCAACGUGCUUUGGGACCUGCCGCACAAAUACGGAGGCCAGGACGGCAGCUUCUUCUUCCAGGAAGUCAAUGGCGACUGCAAGGGUCUCAUCACUCUUGCCGACGGAUCUGAUGUGCCUACAAACUCGGAUGGGGAUCUCGCGUGGUACUUCCCAUGCCAGCCGUUCAAUCAGGACGGUUCAUCCGAGCCGAAUAUGACCGAGCCUUACUACCUUGGAUGGGCUUGUCACACCUCGGGUUCGGCUCGCAAGUCGUUCUACAACCUGAAAAGCUCCGGGGACGUGUACUAUACGUGGGAGGACACCAAGAACAAGAGCCGGAAUCUCGCCGUGUACUCGGGCAAUGUCCUGGAUCUCGACCUUCUGCGGUGGUUUGACACCUCUCAGGUCAAGUAUCCCAGCAAGUUCGAUGAGCUUCGUGAGAACUCGGCCGUGCGUGGGGUCGACCUCACCUACUACCUGCAGACUGGCGACGAGAAGAAGAUUGGCAAGUGCUUGUCCCAAAUCAUCAAGGUUGGCAGUAUCGACACCGACACCGUUGGCUGUAUCGCUUCCAAGGUCGUGCUCUACGUGUCGCUGAUCUUCAUCCUCUCGAUCGUCGUGGUGAAGUUCAUCUUUGCACUGUUAUUCCAGUGGUUCUUGGCCAAGCAGUACGCCCCCGCUAGAACCAGCAUGGGGACGGAUUCUAAAACGCGCAAUCAGCAAAUCGAGGACUGGUCGAACGACAUCUAUCGCCCCGGACCCCGAAUCGCAGAUCACGGUAUGUUGGAGCGGCCCGGUAAGAGGGCCAGCUUCCUCCCUACCACGUCUCGCUUUUCUAGUCCCUACACCGUGAGUAACGGUGGCAAGCAGAAAUACCAGUAUGUGACGAUGGCCAGUCAAAACUCGACCACCCGCCUGGUGCCCGGUGGCAGCAACUCCGUGUACCGGCAGAAUUACAACGACAGCGGGGGCAGUCUGGCGGCGGAUGGCUCGCGCCAUGCCAAUUCAGCGAGCCGGUCCAGCUUGGCCCUACAGGACUCGCGCUACUCGACUACGAUGCUGGAGUCAGAGGCUCCCGGGCUGGGCGGCUUCGUUCAUGAAGCGGUCAUUCCUCAACCGCCUCCAGAGUGGCAGCCGUACGGCUUCCCCUUGGCCCAUGCUCUAUGCUUGGUGACUUGUUACUCUGAAGGUGAAGAAGGUAUCCGCUCGACGCUGGACUCCAUUGCCAUGACCGACUAUCCGAACAGCCACAAGACCAUCAUUGUGAUCUGCGACGGUAUCAUCAAGGGUAAAGGAGAGGAGUUUUCGACGCCGGAGAUCGUUCUGCGCAUGAUGCGGGAUCCGAUCACGCCGAUGGACGAGGUUCAGCCUUUCUCCUACGUUGCGGUGGCCACUGGAUCCAAGCGCCACAACAUGGCCAAGGUGUACGCUGGGUUCUACGAUUACGGUGCCAACUCGGUCAUUCCCGAGGAGAAGCAGCAGCGCGUGCCCAUGAUGAUCGUCGUGAAGUCCGGGACGCCGGCCGAAGCCAACCAGUCCAAGCCGGGCAAUCGUGGCAAGCGAGAUAGUCAGAUCAUCCUGAUGUCUUUCCUGCAGAAGGUGAUGUUCGACGAACGGAUGACGGAGCUGGAGUUUGAAAUGUUCAACGGCUUGUGGCUUGUCACCGGGAUCCCGCCGGAUUUCUACGAGGUUCUGCUUUGUGUUGAUGCAGACACCAAGGUCUUCCCGGACAGUCUGACGCACAUGAUCUCGGCCAUGGUCAAAGACCCGGAUGUUAUGGGGCUGUGUGGUGAGACGAAGAUCGCCAACAAAACCGACAGUUGGGUAACGAUGAUCCAAGUCUUCGAAUAUUUUGUGUCUCACCACCAGGCCAAGUCGUUCGAGUCAGUCUUCGGCGGUGUGACCUGUCUCCCGGGGUGUUUCUCGAUGUAUCGCAUCAAAGCGCCCAAGGGCGGGCAGAACUACUGGGUGCCGAUCCUGGCCAACCCGGACGUGGUCGAGCACUACUCGGAGAACGUGGUGGACACGCUGCACAAGAAGAAUCUGUUACUGCUGGGCGAGGAUCGGUACCUGUCGACGCUGAUGCUCCGCACCUUCCCCAAGCGCAAGCAGAUCUUCGUGCCGCAGGCAGUCUGCAAGACGCAGGUGCCGGACAAGUUCAUGGUGCUGCUGUCGCAGCGGCGCCGCUGGAUCAACAGUACGGUGCACAACCUGAUGGAGCUGGUGCUGGUGCGCGAUCUGUGUGGUACGUUCUGCUUCAGCAUGCAGUUCGUCAUCUUCAUCGAGCUGGUGGGCACGCUCGUGCUGCCCGCCGCUAUCGCCUUCACGUUCUACGUGGUGAUCAACUCGAUCAUCCACCGGCCCGUGCAGGUCCUGCCCCUGGUCCUGCUAGCGUUGAUCCUGGGUCUGCCCGGCGUGCUGGUGGUCGUGACUGCGCACCGCAUGGUCUAUGUCCUGUGGAUGUUGAUCUAUCUGCUGUCGCUGCCGGUGUGGAACUUCGUGCUGCCGACGUACUCGUACUGGAAGUUCGACGACUUCAGCUGGGGCGACACCCGGCAGACGGCCGGCGGCAAGGACAAGGGGCACGAGGCCGGCGAGGGCGAGUUCGACAGCAGCCAGAUUACGAUGAAACGAUGGCGGGAUUUCGAGAAAGAUCGCCGCCUCCGCAUGCAGAUGCAGACUCAAACAGGCUGGGCCCAACCAUCCCCCGGCUUCGCACCCUACCACCACCACCACAAUCCCUACCAGAGUAAUUAG